UUUCGCUUCCUAUAAACGUUCUCUCGCGCAAUAAAGUUGUUCCAUUAAGAUAAUAGAGUCGCGCGAAGAUCGACGCGCACCGGCAUAAAUGCAUAAUGGGGCCAAACUAUUAUUUGCCUUUCCUGUUAGUCAGCGCGGCCGCUCGAAAGACAAAGUGCAGACUGCCGAGAGUGGCUCAGUCCGCCGGACGCUCAGUCAUGGACGACUGGCCGCUGCUGAACGGCCUGAUGGCGCUCGUCGUCCUCGUGCCGCUCGCCUACACCGUCGUCUUCAGCGACAAGUUGCGCAAGUGGCGCCGGAGGUGGUACUCGGAGUUUGUGGGCGAACUGCGGGUUGUGUGGAACGCGGUUUUGGACGAGAAGAAGAGGACGUUUUUGGCGCCACUGGCCGAAGCGGUGUCUAACGAUGACCAACUCAGAUUGAAAAAGUCGAUCAGGAUUUUGGAGAUCGGAUGCGGAGCGGGCACGAAUUUGAGGUACUACCCGGACGGCGCGAGUCUCGUUAUGGUCGAUUGCUCAUCAAGCUUCGAGGAGCGACUGCUGGAAAACGUGAAAAAGUACCCGCGGCUAUUUCUGGAGCGCAUUGUUUACUCGUGCGCCCAAGACAUGUGCGAGAUCACGGACCAAAGUGUGGACGCGGUCGUGUCAACCAAUGUCCUCUGCUGCACAAACGACGAGCGGCAAGUGCUGGCCGAAAUCCUGCGGGUGUUGGCACCAGGAGGAAAGUUUUACAUGAUCGAACCGCAGCCUGCGGACAAGUUAAGCUUCACCUUUGCUCUUCAGUGGAUACUCACAAAUUCAGGGAUUUGGCCCUAUUUAUUUGACGGUUUUCGAUUGACCAGGGAUUAUGAGUGCUCUGUCAGAGAAGCUGGCUUUUCAGCAGUGGAGUCGACGACUUUUGAUCUGCCGCGAAGUGCACACUUUGUUUUUAGAAUCGUGUCCAAGCAAAUGUGUCUUGUCGCCACCAAAUGAAAAAUUUUUAUAUAUAAAAUUUAUAAAAAUGAAAUAAACACAAGUAAAAAUUCCUAAACACGUUUUAUCAUAAUCCAGCUGCUACGGAGAACAAAAGAGAGAGUCAAGGUCGUGACCUUGGUAUCGGGAGAUCAAUUCGUCAAAGGGCAUAGCAGCGGCGAAUGCGCUCCACACGUUGAAAUGCUCUUUAUUUGUCCAGUUGGGCUCAUUUCGAUGGUCGCAUUUUAAACCACAGCAUCUGAGAAACGUCUGCCCGAGCCGAACGAACGGACGAAAGCAACGACAUGAAAACGAGCUUGAAAGCGCACCUUUGGGGAGACGGCCUCGCUGACGUGGCAGACGAGCACCUCGAAGCCCUGCGCGGAGUACAAGAACCAGCCGUCCUCAGGGGUGGGCGAGCACCGCACCAGCCCGAAAGAGACCCCCAUGCAGGAGUCGGCGCCGUCGUGAGAGGCGCCGCGCUUGAGCGCCUCAGCCAGGAGCCGCCACCGCUGGCGGGCCGCCUCGUGGCGCGCCUGGCCGAUGUCGUCGGUGCCCAGGGCGACCAGCGAUCCGGACAUGCUUAGCACCUGAAACGAGCCAACUUUGCACAAACAACUCGCUCACUGGCAGCGACGACACAAUAAGGAAACUGCGAAUUCGCUUUGGGCAAAUCCUGAUUGACAAUUGAUUGGCUAAAGCAAUUUUUCAAUUUAUAUCAAAGCGGUCAUGCAUUGAAUCUUUUUCUCUUGCUCAUUGGAAUUAAAUUAAUAUUCUAGGAUAACAUUGACUGUUAAUUUAAUAUUCAAGGAAAAAAUAUAUUUCCCAGCCAUUUUCGAUCGGAAUCUGUCAUUUUUCAUCCGGCAUUUUUUUUGUAG